GGGCAUCGCACGUGGAGUGGGGACUGCAAAGAUUCUUGGACGUGUGCAUAGUGCACAGAUGCGACUUGCGGACUUGCAUCUUCCAUGUUCGUUCACGAUAAUGGAGAUCUUCUCCUCGGGCUCGACAUGCUGAAGGCACACCAGGCGUGCAUUGACCUCGAAAAAUCCGUACUGCGUAUCCAAGGGCGUGAAGUACGAUUCCUCUCUGAACACGAACUCCCAGAGAAAGCACGGUUGAUCGACUCAGGAGCGGACGAUCCCAUCGCGUCUACCUCGGGCUCUUCCAGCAGCGCUCCACAACCUGCACAGACGAGCGGUGGUAGAAGCGCUGGUGCCAGCGGCUCGUCGUUCCCAGGUGGAGGAAAUACGCUGGGUUCUGCACCUACACCACGUGCAUCGACACGUCCUGCCGCUGCUCAGUCACGACACCCAGAUUCUGCUAUCGAGUUGAUCAUGGGACUUGGCGUAUCGCGGGAGGUGGCAAUCAGCAUGUUGGAUGCCGCAGGUGGGAAUGUGGAUGCUGCUGCAAGUUUGUUGUUCUGAGUCCCAGGGUGGGCGGGGAUGAUGAGAAGACAUCAAUAUUCUUGGACCUUGUAUCUUUGGGAUUGCAAAAUGUACGAUGUGAUGAAUGAUAAAUGAAGUAAAUUGGCAUGCCCAGCUCGUCGCAAGAACA